ACCAGUGCCCGGGCUGUUGCCAUAACAACGGAGCUCCCGUCAUGCCUCGCUGCCAGGGGCUCAUGGCGCCCAAGGUGCGUCCUCUCUUGCUGCUCAUGCUCUGGAUGCUGCCGGCUCCUGCCCAGCUCGACCCGGCAAACGAGAACAACGGAGGGUGGCAGCAGCGUGGAUCCGGGGCGCCGGCAGCCGUGGCGGAAGAAGACCAUUGCACAGUAGAGCGACGGGCCGACCUCAGCUAUGCCGAGUUCGUUCAGCACUACGCCUUCUCGAGACCUGUCAUUCUGCUGGGACUCACGGACAACUCAAGGUUCCGGGCUCUGUGCUCCCGCGAAAGGCUGCUGGCCUCAUUUGGGAACAAUGUCGUGCGCCUGAGCACUGCCAAUACCUACUCCUACCAGAAAGUGGACGUACUCUUCCAGGAGUAUGUGGAGCAGCUGCUGCACCCCCAGAAUCCCAACUCCCUGGGCAAUGACACCCUGUACUUCUUUGGGGACAACAAUUUCACUGAAUGGGCAUCACUUUUUCGGCACUACAUUCCACCCCCAUUCAGCCUGCUGGGUACCACUCCUGCUUACAGUUUUGGGAUCGCAGGAACUGGCUCUGGUGUGCCCUUCCACUGGCAUGGGCCUGGCUUCUCAGAAGUGAUCUACGGUCGCAAGCGCUGGUUCCUGUAUCCCCCUGAGAAGACACCUGAGUUCCACCCCAACAAGACAACUCUGGCCUGGCUGCAGGAUACCUACCCCACCCUGACACCAUCUACACGCCCCUUGGAGUGCACCGUCCAGGCUGGUGAGGUUCUAUAUUUUCCUGACCGAUGGUGGCAUGCUACAUUCAACCUCGACACCAGCGUUUUCAUCUCUACCUUUCUCAGCUAGCCAGAGCGGGCAGCUGGCGAGCGCAAUCGCACACCAGCACACACCCCUAAACUGCUCACAGGUUUUAUUACUGGGACAGUGGUGGCAGCAAGCGCCUCAGCCCAAACCACCCUGGCCUACUAUUUCCGGCCCAGAAAGAAGAUGGGGGGGGGGGGGAUGGGAGCACUCAUAGCCUACCAGCAGAACUGAUGGAAGACAGGAUGGGGACACCAGAGCAGGGAUCUAGG